UAAAAAAAAAAAAAACGAAACCCACGCACGCUCAUCGCAUACCGUAACUUGUUUGGGCCACCCCCGUAGCAGUCAUUGUCGGCUUUGCAAGCUCCGCCUCGGUGUCAGUCGUAGUUGUUAUAAAUUGAAUUAAGUGAUUGAAUGGUUCCGAAAUGCACUUGCUGUCUUUUUCUACUUGACUAUUACACCUUCCCCAUUUUGAUUUGAUCUGAUUGAAUUGGCCUCUUGCCAGCAAAACAGAAUGUGGAAGCUCAAGUUCGCCGAGGGAGGGAAUCCAUGGCUUCGGACAUUGAACAAUCACGUUGGAAGACAGGUGUGGGAGUUCGAUCCUAAGCUUGGAUCGCCGCAAGAUCUCCUCGAGAUUGAGAAAGCUCGCCAGAAUUUUCACGAUAACCGCUUUACCCACAAACACAGCGCUGAUCUACUUAUGCGGAUGCAGUUUGCAAGAGAGAACCCAACACGUGAAGUCUUGCCCAAAGUCGGAGUUAAGGAUAUUGAGGAUGUGACCCAAGAGAUUGUGACGAAAACAUUAAGAAGGGCCGUAAGUUUCCAUUCAACUCUCCAGUGCCAUGACGGACACUGGCCGGGAGAUUAUGGAGGUCCCAUGUUUCUGAUGCCUGGCUUGGUAAUUACUCUGUCUAUCACUGGGGCGUUGAAUACAGUCUUAACUGAAGAACAUAGAAAGGAAAUAUGCCGUUACCUCUAUAAUCAUCAAAACAAGGAUGGUGGGUGGGGUUUGCAUAUUGAAGGUCCAAGCACCAUGUUUGGCUCUGUCUUGAGUUAUAUUACUCUGAGAUUGCUAGGUGAGGGGCCUAAUGAUGGACAAGGGGAAAUGGAGAAGGCACGUGACUGGAUUCUAGGGCAUGGUGGUGCUACUUAUAUAACGUCAUGGGGGAAGAUGUGGCUUUCAGUACUUGGAGUGUAUGAAUGGUCUGGAAAUAAUCCCCUGCCCCCUGAGAUAUGGCUCCUUCCAUACAUGCUUCCAUUUCAUCCAGGAAGGAUGUGGUGUCACUGCCGGAUGGUCUAUUUGCCGAUGUCCUACUUAUAUGGCAAGAGGUUUGUUGGUCCAAUCUCACCAACAGUAUUAUCUUUGAGAAAAGAGCUUUAUACAGUACCAUACCAUGAUAUAGAUUGGGAUCAGGCUCGCAAUUUGUGUGCAAAGGAAGAUUUGUACUAUCCUCACCCACUUGUGCAGGAUAUUCUUUGGGCAUCUCUACACAAGUUCCUUGAGCCCAUUCUGAUGCAUUGGCCUGGAAAAAGAUUGAGGGAAAAGGCUAUUAUUUCUGCAUUGGAGCAUAUACAUUACGAAGAUGAGAAUACUCGAUAUAUUUGCAUAGGUCCUGUAAAUAAGGUGUUAAAUAUGCUUUGCUGUUGGGUGGAAGAUCCAAAUUCUGAGGCCUUCAAGUUGCAUCUUCCCAGGAUUUAUGAUUAUCUAUGGAUUGCAGAAGAUGGCAUGAAAAUGCAGGGCUACAAUGGAAGUCAACUAUGGGACACUGCUUUUGCUGUCCAAGCAAUUAUUGCAUCUAACCUCAUUGAAGAAUUUGGUCCAACUAUAAGAAAAGCUCAUGCCUAUAUUAAGAAUUCACAGGUUUUAGAAGAUUGUCCAGGUGAUCUUAAUAAAUGGUACCGUCACAUUUCAAAAGGUGCUUGGCCUUUUUCAACUGCAGAUCAUGGAUGGCCAAUUUCUGACUGCACAGCUGAAGGACUGAAAGCUGUUCUAUUACUAUCCAAAAUUGCACCAGAAAUAGUUGGUGAGCCAAUAGACGUGAAGCGAUUAUAUGAUUCUGUAAAUGUCGUUCUCUCACUACAGAAUGAAGAUGGUGGUUUUGCAACAUACGAGCUUAAACGAUCUUAUAAUUGGUUGGAGAUAAUCAAUCCUGCUGAAACUUUUGGUGACAUCGUUAUUGAUUAUCCUUAUGUGGAAUGUACAUCAGCAGCGAUUCAAGCUUUGGCAUCAUUUAGGAAAUUAUAUCCUGGGCAUCGCCGAGAAGAAAUACAACGUUGUAUCGAUAAAGCCACUACCUUCAUUGAAAAAAUACAAGCUUCAGAUGGAUCAUGGUAUGGUUCUUGGGGAGUUUGCUUCACUUACGGUGCUUGGUUUGGGGUAAAAGGUCUGAUUGCUGCUGGAAGGAGUUUCAGUAAUUGCUCAAGCAUCCGUAAAGCUUGUGAAUUUCUGCUGUCCAAGCAGCUUCCUUCUGGUGGCUGGGGAGAGAGCUAUCUGUCCUGUCAAAACAAGGUGUAUUCAAAUCUGGAAGGCAACAGGUCUCAUGUGGUCAACACUGGGUGGGCUAUGUUGGCUCUCAUUGAUGCUGGACAGGCUAAGAGAGAUUCGCAACCACUGCACCGGGCAGCUGCAUACUUGAUAAAUUCCCAAUUGGAGGACGGUGACUUUCCGCAGCAGGAAAUAAUGGGAGUCUUCAACAAGAAUUGCAUGAUCACAUACGCCGCAUACAGAAACAUAUUCCCCAUUUGGGCGUUGGGAGAAUACCAAUCCCAAGUAUUGCAAUCUCGUUAAUCGAGCCUUAGUUAGGGUGUCAUCCUAAUUAUUUCGACCUGUGGACAGUAAAAGAAAUAAUAAUAAUAACCUAUUUUUCUUUUAUUUCCAUGGCUCUCUUAAAAUGUUUGUGACUAAUGAGUUUAGUAGUCAGCUAAAAAAAAAAGCAAACACGUGGAGAAUGCCUGUAAGUUUUUUCUAUUACUCAUAGACGCCUCUCUUGCUUUCCCUGCAGCGGAGGAAUUAAAUAUAUACAUAAAUAGAGAUAUAAAUGUUUAUGUCACUUCUUUUGGGACGAAGAACGCAA